AUGCAUCUUUAUAUUAUUACUGCCGCCGCUGGGCUUAUCUCGGGCCCGGCCUUGGUCUCAGCCAAAACACACGCCCGCCGCGGUGUUGAGUGCUACUUCAACCUACUGGCCGAGAGUAGCGAGACCUGCAAGAGCCUCGCGUCUUGCUGGGGCAUCUCGGUUGAUGAUUUCAUCAAUAUUAACCCUGGUGUAACCUGCUCGAAUCUUAAGGCCGGCAAGUUAUACUGUGUUGUUGGGGAGUACACUCCUGAUGAGCCAACCACUUCCCUGACCCAACCUGAGCCCCCGACUCCUACCACUAGUACCACCCAGCCGCCCACCACUAUUCGGACCAGCACCACGACCACUUCCGCACCCGACCCGGGCGUUUCCCCCAUUAUGCCCGGCACCGCUGCCAACUGCGACCGCUACUACAAGGUCGAGUCUGGCGACAGCUGCGAGGUGGUCGCCUCAAAUGUCCAACUGCAGCCGCUUUUACAAGGUUGUCUCGGGCGACUCGUGUGA